AUGCGGCGUCGUGAGAGGCGAUCUGACUGGGAUUUAUGUGCUGCCGACUCAGCGAUUGUCGCACGUGCAUUCUCGAGCGCUGAGACGGCACUUAUCAUGGCGAUGAUUCAGCAGCUGCCAAAUUUCGUGGAAUUGAAGCCUGGACUCAAUUUUCACGGCUUACGUCAUGUGUCCGCCAUAUGCGCCAGUUGUCAACAACCCGUCAGCGGAACCAAUCCAGGAUGCACUGCACUUAACCAGAUUUUCCACAUUAGCUGCUUCAAAUGCAAGACAUGCGGUAAAACCCUAGCCGGAACGUCGUUCUACAAUAUCGAUGACAAUCCAACAUGCAGUGACUGCUAUAAC